GAAUUCAGUGUUGACAUUCGUUCCUGGAAACAGGCAGGCCCAUGCCGGUUCUCAGGUUGGCCUAGUUAUAGGCUGUUAACUCCAGUUUCCACCGAUUUUGCCGAAGACCCCCAAAAUGCCGCCAACGACUGCGGAGACAGGUUUUUGGGGUGAAGUGACUUCCACGAUAGACUGGUGUGAGAACAAUUACGAAGUGCACCACUACAUUGCUGAAUUCUGGAACACUGUCAGUAAUUGCCUCCUUAUCAUUCCUGCCAUAACCGGACUGGUGCUUUCUAUCAAGGACAAAGCAGAGACCAGGUUUAUAUUAUGUUACAUUGGACUGCUGGUUGUGGGUCUCGGAUCCUGGUGCUUCCACAUGACACUCAGAUAUGAAAUGCAGUUACUGGAUGAACUUCCCAUGCUAUGGGGUGGAUCCUGUCUCAUAUACUCAAUUAUUGAAGUUGGUGCUAAACCAAAUGUUCAUAAUAAGACAGUCAUAGCAGUAUUGACCUCAUAUUGUAGUAUUGUGACCUUGAUAUAUUUGAUCAGUCCACAAUCGCUGCUCUUCCAGCUAGCUUUCGGCCUUCUCGUCACAAUAAACAUGCUGGCCCCUCUCCCUCUCUUCCGAAAAUAUCAAUACUCAAAGGGGCUGGCUGUCGCUUCAUAUGUAGCAUAUUUCAGUGCAUUCCUAGUCUGGAUCAUAGAUACAAAUUUCUGCCCACAUGUUAGAUUAUUUCGAGAGAACAUGUUUUCACCUAUUAGACCUUUUACUCAACUACACGCCUGGUGGCAUGCUGGUGCAGGGAUGGGGACGUAUAUGGCAACAACAUUCACCCUGCAUGCCAGGGGAUUGUACUUAAAAAAAAAUGCACAGCUUAAGAUUGCCUAUGGAAUGGUAUAUGUACGGCAGGAUAAAUCACCAUAAUUCGUAGCUAAUAGGACAGGUGCGAAAUUCAGCAAAUGUACAGUAGCUUUACGAAGGAAAAUUUUCCGUCCCCAUCGAUAAUGAAUGUUGCCAGUGUGUGCGUCUUACUUUAUCAUGAAGGUAAAGCCGGUAACGCCGGUGAACUAUCAAUUCUAACACCUGUGAGCUAUUCCUUUACAGAUAUCUUUAUAUCUGAUAGUUUUUGGUUCCGGUUAAUUGGUCGAGCUAAGUGUGCAGAGUUCUUCAACUUGUAGUUAGGCGGCGCUGGGGUGCUGUCGUACAAAGACAAGAAAUAUACCUAGUUCUCUCCAGCUUCAUGUGAAAUAGACACUACUUGAUUAGGUAUGUAAGUACUGUUUGGUGUACUUAGAUCAACAGAGUGGUGUCUAUAAAUAGAACAUCUGAUCAGGUGGACUGCUGCUCACAGCAGAUCUGCAGAAAUAGGGAGAUGUAUACUGCCUUUAAUAAACUGCUGGCUCUAUCAAAUAACCUGAACCAUAAUUUUUCCUCACCAUCGAUAAUUGAUAAUACUCGUCUGGGCCCGUCAGCGGCCAUUUUGUUGUAUACUGUGAUCGUCGUUGCUAUGAUUUACCAUGGAGUGCGGUGAAAUUGGUCCUUGGGGUGAAAAUGCCCCCAGCUCACCUGGCCCUAUUUGGCUAAAUAUGAUAAUUUUAGCCCAUUGAGCUGUCUUUUACAUCUUUUUGCACAUUGAUUCAUGCAGUUGAAAUAGAGGGUUCAAGCUGGGGGUGAAAAAUGUAUGGGACAAUUUGACCCCACAUGGGGUCAGUGUCACCCCACCUUGGUACUGAGCAAACUGUGUCUGAUUUCUUUUCUCCUUCCCCAAAAUUGGUUGGAGAAAUGGUUGAUGCAUGCCUGUUGAAGUCAUGUUAUUAACAACUGGUGUUUAUGGGACUGCUAGUUUGGAUCCUGAAUGCCUUUUAUCUUAAGGAACACAUUGAGGGGGAAUUGGGGUACCGGUCCUGGCAUCCUAUUACAAAGUCAGUUAUCAAGAGUUUGGAAUAUGAAUUUUUUUGCAGUCAGCCCAAGUGCAAAAAGGUCAACAUCUUCUGUUCCCACUGACCUGCUUUUCACAGAGCGGGUCAAAACUUUGACCAACGCUUACAAUAAAUACAUGUAAGAUGAAUAUAAUAAAUAUACUGGUAUUUAUUUAUCUCAUGAUGUGAAAGUGUUAUUUGUAAGUCUUUCGAAUUAAUUAUUGAAGAUACUUUUGAUGAACUUAAAACGAGUCCAUUGUAAUUAGUGUUUUGCAAGAUUUAUACUUUUUACUCUCGAAUGUGAAUGAUCUGAGGACCAAGUUUUUAAGAAUAUUUAUGGAUUUAUACUCGACUGUGUGUUACUCGUCAGAUUGACAUUUGUUUGUUGUUUUCAUCUGUACUUAAACAUUACUCAUUAACAGCUGUUUGAAGAUAUAUACUGGGUGUAAAAAAGUCUUGGUACUUUUAAAAUCGAAUAACAUUUUUAAAUCUUUUUUUCGAAAGAGUUUCUAGCAAUGAAAAAUGGCUUUUUCAUCCUUGGAACUGUGAUAGAAAAAGAUGUUAAAAAAGUUAAUCAAUAUCAAAUUAAAAGUUGCAAGACUUUUCUUCUCCCUCAUAUGUUGACGUUUUGUUUGUUAACCUAUUGUAUAAUCAUUAAUGAGCUAUCAAGUAGUAGCUGUAAGGUAAAAUGUAAGCUGUAGAUCUUCAUUUUAGCGGUUACAAAAUUUCCGAAAAUUGUUUUCUGCAAUUUUUAAAUUUUUAAAUUUUGCAAAUCUAGGUUAUUUGCAAAAUCCGGUGAAGAAAAUGUUAUGGUUUUCAGUUUUUAAUCGAGAAUGAAGUGGUUUGAAACAAUCCAUUGAGAAAACAAACUUGCUACAAAUUUAAAGGGGCAACUUGGGAAUGAGAUAUGAUGGUUUUUCAGACAAAAAUUGCUUCCAGCGGGAUUCACCCAACAACUGCACUAAACAAUGCACUCAAACUGGGUGUGUCCAUAGGCCUACCUGAGUUUCACAAAUCCUGUCCAAAACUGCCUCACAACCCUAGCAAAAAUCUUAUACAGAUAAGAAUCAGUGCGUUACUACCAGUGGCGGUGCAUGGUGGCAAGUGGAGGUAUUAUCCUCCUGGCUUGGUAAAUCCCAGGCCCAGUUAGAUUGUCCCUUUAAAUUGCUCUUUGGUUCCGGUGAAGAAUUUAUCAAUAUUUUAAUGCACCUUUUUGCUGCUGUUACACAACGACAUAUUUUGUGAUGUUUUAGUCUGUAUGCAUUCCUACUGCUGAAAUUUAACUUGCGUGUGUGUAUGCAUUGUAUGUGGGCUUAAACAUGCUUCCCGAAAUUGGUGGCUUGUAUUGGAACUAACUUUUUCCCCUUGUCCGUCAUUAAAGGCAUUCAAGUGUGUUGGUCAACCAUGACUAUCUCCUUUGUCCCGCCACCAUAAGGCCUAGUUUCCCCUUAUGACAUCACUAUUUCGGACACUCAGCGCCCCAUUUCUGGAAAGGUGUAUACAGGGUGUAAGGUCAGAAUUUGCCACCCUAUUUCAGUAAUAGCCUAUUUCAGCAAUAUCCACAGCAAAAGUUAUUUUGGUACAAAAUGAUUUAAAAAUUGAUGUGUUUUGACAAAUCAACGUGUGCAUGUACAUGCGUACAUGUAAAAUUGAUAAGGAUAACUCACAUGGGGCAAUUCUUUAAUGCGUCUAAUCUUGGCUGCAAUCUACUUCAACCUAAAGAUUACCAAGACAACAUGAAUUUUCAACCAUGUGUGCCCAUAGAUCAUUAGCGUUCUUCCGGUAAUUAGAAUAUUCAAAUUAUGAGAGAAACUCUGGAAGAUACAGUCCAAGUCACAAAUGACAUCCAUCCUGCUUCGCGUCGCAACGUAUGAGAGAGUUGAGCAGCAAGUUGCAUGUCAGUGACGCGCUUAUCUCUCUAUGUUUGACAUAAAUUACAUGCGACCUGUGUGCGAUCUACGCAUGUCAAUGACGCAAAUUUAGUGAUGACAAUUGUGAUUUCAACUGUAAGUGAUGAAAUUCGAGUUAUUUAUUAAUUUUUUCUGUGUUGUGACUUUUACAUCUUGAGUCUUUAAAAGGAAAGUGUGAACCACAAAAUUUUCAUGCCUUAUUUGUGCAUUUCGUGAAAAUUUCAAAAAAUUAUUUUUAAUUUGGUGGAUUAUGAAAUUUCGUUCAGUUUUUGCUACCAGAAAAAUCUGUUUUUUCGUUUUUACGAAAUCCGUUAUAAGCGCAAAUAAACAUAAAAAUUUGAUGGUUUACGGUACAAAAAUGUACCAUUUGUCAGUUUAUGGUACCAAAAUAUACCAUUUGUCAGUUUAUGGUACCAAAAUGUACCAUUAGUUUUUGCAUCCUAUCUAUUCCUAUGCAUUGUUGACCUAGAACGUUUGAACGUUUAAAAUCAUGAAUUGUACAACUGAAAAUUAGCAUAAUGAAUUUGAAAAUAAAAAAUUUCUUGAGAAAAUUGAA